CCUCAUUUGUUUCUCUGUCAAGUUAUGCCAAUGAAGUUUCGUCUGUUUGCCGUUUUAUCAAACGCUCUAUGUACCGCUUACUUUCUCAAAGUGUUUUUCUAGAGAUUACGUCAGUUGGACAAGAAUGAGAAUUUUCAACCUUACCUUCUUAUUACUUACCAUCUUAGUGAUUCUCUCUGUUGUGGACGUAGAAAUUCAAUGCUUCGGCAACUCGUUCAACUAUUUUCCUCCAACUCUGUACCAAGCUCAGCCGAAUGGCAUAAUGUAUACUACUUACCCUAGUCCUAGCCAACUUUACAACUUUCAAGGGUGGCCUGAGCAGUAUGUAAUAUCUUCUGCAACGCCACCAACAGAGGUUUUCAAUUCAAACAUAGUGUAUUGUAUUCCAACACCAUUGAACCGAAGGUUUGCAACUACGCAUCAGAACUUUUACGCUGAACAAGCGAAUUCAAAGGCCGAUUUUACUGCAACAACACAUGAAACUUACUAUGUGGAGGAACCUGAGGAACCUAGUUCGCCAUUAACAGCACUGCCUGAGCUUCCUGUUGCUGCUCCAAGAAAGAGUACCCGCUAUGCGGGCAUAAGAGAAACUAGUCAGAAAGGAAGGCACAAAGUGCUCCUCUACGAAAUUCCUGGCAGUCCUCGUGUUUAUUUAUUCAUGUACCACAAAAGAACUGGAAAACACAUUCAAGUACCAAUGUGUUGA